CAGUAUUUUGGAGUUGGCUUGGCUAGCUCUGGGCUAACGAGCGUAGCCUUGCAACACACCCCCUGUCGCUCAGUGUCGUUUACCUGCAGAUGGCUUGCGAGUAGUGGCACUUGACUGGUGGCUUAUUUGUGGAGCGUGCGAGUCGUGGGGCAUGCGUUUUUAAUGCGGUUGAUUCACCCAUCAACAGACUAGCCAACCAGCCAGCUAGGUCGUUGUGUGGAAUGCCUGCAUGUCUGCUUGCUAGCCAUAACUGCAAUAUAACAGUGUGCUAGCUUGCUAGGUUACAAUCGACGGCGUGGUGGACAUUAUCUAGCUCAUCGUGAAGCAGAUAGCUCCCUAGUUAGCUGGAUUUGUUUUAUCGGAUCUGUUUGCUUUUCGAUCAUUUAGUGUUUUGCGGUCUGUAACUAGCUACGUUUUCGAAAAUCUGGCAUGACAUUCAAGUGAUUGAAGUCAGUGCCACCACAAGAAGUCGGUCGCAGAGAGAAUGCAGGACAAAGACUUGAGAUGAGAGGGUAGAUGAACAAGUUUGAACGUUUGUCCUCGUUUUGGUGGUACUGUCAGUAGCAGGUUCUGCAGGACACGGCUGGACACGCUGAUAGUUUAUAUCAGAAUCAAGAAUGAAGAAGUUUUCGCGAAUGCCAAAGUCGGAGAGCGGCGGACUGGGAGGCGGCUCGAGCUCCGGAGGGGGCACCGGAGUUACGAACUACAUCGGGAAGGUGUUCGCUGUUGGCCGAUACCAGGUUACCGUGGACGAGCUAAUUGCUGAAGGUGGCUUCUCGGUGGUGUUCCUGGCUCGCACCCACAGUGGAGUCCGCUGCGCCCUCAAGAGGAUGUACGUCAACAACGUGCCAGACCUCAACAUCUUCAAGCGCGAGAUCACAAUCAUGAAAGAGCUGUCUGGGCACAAGAACAUUGUGAGCUAUCUGGACUCUGCCAUUAAUGCUGUGGGGGACAGUGUCUGGGAAGUACUCAUCCUUAUGGAGUUCUGCAAAGCUGGUCAGGUGGUGAAGCAGAUGAAUGAGCGUCUGCAUGUGGGCUUCACGGAGGCCGAGGUGCUGCACAUCUUCACCGACGUCUGUGAGGCCGUGGCCCGCCUGCACCAGUGCAAGACGCCCAUCAUACACAGAGACCUCAAGGUUGAGAACAUCUUGCUGAAUGACCAGGGCAACUAUGUGCUGUGUGACUUUGGCAGCUCCACACACAAGGUCCUGCAGCCACAGAAGGAUGGAGUGACCGCCGUGGAGGACGAGAUCAAGAGGUACACAACCCUGUCAUAUCGAGCCCCAGAGAUGGUGAACCUGUAUGCAGGGAAACCCAUCACCACUAAGGCUGAUAUAUGGGCGCUUGGAUGCUUGUUGUACAAGCUGUGUUUCUUCGCGCUUCCGUUUGGGGAGAGUCAAGUUGCCAUAUGUGACGGAACCUUCUCUGUUCCGGAUAGUUCCAAAUACUCCUUAAAAUUGCACUGUCUGCUCAGAUAUAUGCUUGAGCCUGACCUGGACAAGAGGCCAGACAUCUAUCAGGUCUCCUACUUUGCCUUCAAGCUGGCAGGGAAGGACUGCCCUGUGCCAAAUCUAUUUAGUUCGCCCCUCCCUGCCUCUCUCCCUGAACCUUUGACUGCCAGUGAGAUCGCAGCGAAGAAGAACAUGACAAAAGCCAGGAUCACAGACGCUGUGGGCCCCACAGAGACGUCCAUCGCCCCCCGGCAGCGGCCCAAGGCGGCCUCCAGUGGCGUGCUGCCCCUGCACAACUCCUCAGCCACCCCCGUCAAGAUGGGUGUCCCCGCCGCACCCAUCAGCAACGGACAGAAAGCUGCAGGUAACGGCCAGCCCGGUGUUGCCCUGUCGGCCAGCAGCAGUGUCAGCAGCUCCAGCUCCGCGGCCCCUCAGCCCAACAGAGUCCUGCAACAGCUCCAGCCAGGAGACCUGCGCCUGCAGCAGCAGCUACACACACAGCAGCCGCACACACAACACACACCACACACACCCCUCGCUGCUGCCCAGCACACACCCCAUGCACACACACCCCUGACCCCACACACACCACAGCUCCAGACCCAGCCCCAGCAGCAGCCGCCCACGCCACAGCAGCUCCAAUACCUCCAGUACCAACAGGCCUUGCAGCAGCAUAUGCUUCAGCAACAGCAGCAGAUGAUGAUGCAGCCCAUGUAUCAGCAACAGGCUCACUACGCUGCUAUGAUGCAGCAGUAUCAGCAGGCCUUUGCCCAGCAGCAACAGCAUCAUCAUCAUCAACAGCAACAUCUCCAGCAGCAGCAGCAGCAGCAGCAGCAGCAGGUCCCCUAUCACCACACCACCUCUCCACUGGAGUUCCAGGCCGCCCUGGGCUCCUUUCAUGCCCCGGCUCCAGUGCCCACGGCCGCCGCCGCCACGACCACCACCCACUCACCUCUCUCCCCCGUGGAGGCCCCAUACACUAACCUAAGUAGGACGCCAGUGACCCCGAGUCCUGAGGUGGGAGUGUUGGUGUCCCCCACCACCCCGACGGUGACUGCAGCGCUCAGCCACCCCCCGGACAUGUCUGGCUGGAACCCCUUUGGAGACGACAACUUCUCCAAGCUGACGGAAGAAGAGCUGCUGGACCGAGAGUUUGACCUGCUAAGAGCAAAGAAGCCAGUGGAGAGGACCACUAGUGUGGAGACCAGCCUGGACCGGCAUCACCACCACCAGUCCCACCAGCAGCAACCCCACCACCCCCAGCAGCUGAGCCAGUCUCAGCCCCCCACCCCGUCCCAGCCCGUCCUCCCAGAGGACCCCUUCGGCUCCGUACCCUUCCUGGCCAGCGCAGGUUCAACUGGUGUGCUGAGCCCAGACCUGCCAAGUGUGGAGCCCAGCGCUCCUGUUGCAGCAGUCGUGACGCCGGUCCUCACCCCAGUUCUUGCUGCAUUUGAAGACCCCAUUAUCACCCUCCCUCCGACCACCCAGCCUCAGCCUCAGCCUCAGCCUUCAUCCACAUCCCCAUCCUCCUCCUCAUCCAAGGAAGCCCGAGCGGCCAAACGGGCUGGGCCCUCAUCGUCUGCUGGCACCGCUCCCCAUCGCUGCCCCGCCGAUUCAGACAGCGACUUCGAGUCGGACCCGCCGUCACCCAAGAGCAGCGAAGACGAGGAGGAGGCAGAGGGGGAGGAAGGACUGAACAGCGAGCCCGAGGAGGAGGAGGAGGAGGAGGUGGGGCAGCGGCACGAGGCCGAGCCGGAGGUGCUGGGCCAGCGCCCACUCCUCAUGGACUCAGAUGAGGAGGAGGAGGAAGAGGAGGAGGAAGAUGGAGAGCAGAGGAAGGCCAAACCGGGAGCAGCAGGAGCAGCUGGAGUCAGGUUGCCGAGAGACCAAGCUCCCACCACGACAACAGCAGGCCAGGCAGCAUCAGCAGCGCCGACGACAUCGACACCAGUGAGUGGUGUCGCCAGAGUCGGGAUGGACGUGUUUGGCUUUGCGCCGUUCAUCGACUCCGGGUCCGGAGGGGGGGAGGGCACCGUGGACGUGUUCAGCCGAGCGCCGUUUCCCCCGGCCGCCGGUGACCAACAGCCCGACGUCUUCAGCAGGGCUCCCUUCAGCCGCCACCUGUCACGCAGCCAGCCCCCUACCCAGACCCCGCCUGUCUCCCCCAGCAGUAGCACACCAGGACAGCAGCAGCAGCAGCAGCAGCAGGGCCAGCAGACGCCACUGUCCGCGCUGGCCAUAGACCCCUUUGGCUUCUCCCCCUUCCAGCCCUCGGACACCUCAACAGGGGACAGUGGCGAGCAACUACUACGGCCCCAACCAGAGCAGCAGCAAGAAGAGCUGCUGGUGCUUCAGGAGCUUCACCCCGACCAGCAUGGUGGCAGCGGCGAGCUCGCUUGCGACGACGAAGAUCCCCAGAAGCAGCAGCAGCGCAGCCUGCAGAAGCUGUCGUCGCGCCAACGCCGCAGCAAGCAAGAGGAGGCGGAGGCUGAGGCGGGGGGCGGCACGGACGGCACGCCCGGCGGCAACGGCAAGCGGCACCACGGAACGCCCACCGGGGGGCGCAAGGGUAGCAGCAAGCCCAACUACCGCACGCCGGAGCGCACUCGGAGACUGAGGCGCGGCGUGGGCCGGCGAGACUCGCAGAGCAGCAAUGAGUACCUGAGCGCCUCGGACUCCAAGGAGAACAUCAGCGUGGCGGCCACCACUACUACCACCACCACCGUUGCAGGUGAGGGGACGAAGAUGGCUCCGUCCGAGGACCAUGCGCCACCAGCCGCCCCGCUAGAUCCCUUUGGGGCCAAGCCCUUCCACCCGCAGGGGCAAGGCGGCGGCAGUGGAGAUGGGGGCAACGGGAACGGGAGCGGGCAAAGGGCUCGGACGAGCUCGCUGCUCACAGGCGGUGGAGGUGGAAACUUCAUGGAUGACUUUGGGGCCGUGCCCUUCACCGAGCUGGUGGUCAGUGGUGGCCCCCCUCCCCAGCAGCAGCCGCAGGCCCAGCAGCCGCUACUGGUGGACCUGGAUCCCUUUGGAGCUGCGCCCUUUCCCUCCAAGCAGUGACUUACUCUAUUAACCCUUGCCCCCACCUCGCUGCCUAAAGCUUCUUCGAACCCCAUUUCCUUUCGAUGAAAUCCUGCAGAGUUCCACUGCUGUACCUCAUUUGUCUUCCAUGGAACACAAUCUUUGCGCAUUUGGACUGACCACUCUCUACAAUGCUUUGCUUCAAACAUGCACUACUGUUCAGCCCUGAAUUCGAAAGAAAAAAAAAACACACACACACUCACUCAAAAGAUGUUGUGCAAAAUCUUUUUGCUUACCUGAACAGAAAAUGGGCUGAAGAGGAAGCAGGCAUGAUGCACUUAAACUGGAACUUAGCCUUGCUCCUCUGGGACUGUCUCCACUCUGAUCCAAGAGGGGGACUGAGAGCCAGAGGACAUAAUGAAUUUGAUGCUUCUUGGGAACAAAUCACUUCUGAUGCCAUGCCAGCUUUGAUUUCCUCUUUUUAAAGCCCUGUGAGUAAAUUCGGAGGAUGAGGGUGGUGAUGAUGAUAGUGAUCAUGAUCAUGACCAUGACAAAAAAUAAUGUGGCUAAAUUUAGUUUUUGCGAUUUUCUUUUUGUUUGUUUGUUUGUUUUUUAACGGUUCUUGCAUUUGUAGUCGAUAGCCUCCACUUGUGUGCUGGGAUGCCUAUGAUGCUGCAUUUUUACGCGAGUAUUUUUGGGAGAGUACCACACAACUGAAAUGAAAUGUGACACCUUUUUAUGUUAAUUUGAAAAAGGGGAAACAUUCUUGAGAAGAAAACACUUUGUGUUCUCCGCUCAGUAUAUAAUACCACUGCAGUGCACACAUCUGAUCGUAUGGACCUUUCGCACGACUGUAGUAAAAGUGGCCUUGAUUUAGGGCCACUGUGUCAUCAUAGUGAGUCCACUCCUGCUGUUUCUGUCCACUUGUCAGUUAGCCGCCAGUUUAGGUAAGGAGAAGUCCGGCCGACUUGUAGCUCCAAGCAUAAGAAGCUGUGGAAUGAUUUAAGAGUGGAAUGUGUUACCAUUAGGGCCAAUAUUUUUGUUUUGUUGUGUAGAUUGGGUGGCUUUUCCACAUGGUCUACCAGUGUAGGUUUACUUUCGCACCACAAAGCCUUAUAUGGGUAUGGGCCAUGGCUACGCCCUGCUGCAUAGUACCUUGGAAAACAACACACACAAAAUGGUCGCCAUUGGUUGUGAUGGCGACGGAAUCAUUUCAGUGUAUGCCUUCUCUCGCUCUAGCUCUCGCUCUCUCUCUGGCCCGUUUCUGUUUGUCUUGUCUAUUCACACCAGAUUUUCUAUGCAUAUUUUUUACAUUACUAAGUGCUUCUCAAUCCAUAGAAGCAUUUUAGAUGUGGUUGUUUUUUAUUUUUAUUUUCCCUAAUUAUUUCAAUCAAAGGGAUUAUUUUACUUUCAAAUGGGUGUUUUCCACUUAAGUUGAGAUCAUUGACAUCUCUACUUGGAACAAACUUUGUUACAGAGAUGUUUCAGACGGACAAAUGAGCCACGUACUAUCCACAAUCAUGUAAUGUCUUCAUGUGUUUUUGGAGGACAUUUAGUGGUAAGGCAUCUUACCUUCUGAUAACAUUACUCAAACCUUGACGUAGAUAGCUUCAUCAUGACAAAAAACCCUCAGUAGGCCUCUCUGUGUUGGUUGUGUGAAUCCUUCAAACCCUUUCAGUCCUACUACCAGUCAUGGCUACAGUGCUAGCACGCUAGGUAGACAUGCUUUUUUCCUUGUAAGACAAUAAGGGAUAUUUGAGUUUGAAAUUUUUAAGGCAACCAAUCAUGUUGAGCUGUGAUGAUGCUGGGUGCUCUGGCAAGCCCUGGCUGAGCAACGCUCCUUCACGUUAUUACUCAUGGCAUUAGGUGUCAUCAGCUGAUGGGUCCAUCCAAGCACAUUAGGACCAGGUGAGACCCAAAGCACCUCAACCCUUAAACGGGCCAGGCUAGGGCUGGGUAGGGGGAUAUGACCUGAGCCCAGGUCACCUGUUGUGUCCGGAGGAUGAGGCUGUUCAAUGGCUACCUUCUUCACCUCACCUCGUUCCCACAGCACUUGGGCAAUUUUCAGCAAUUUUCCUAGAUCAAGGGACCUUUUUCUAUAUCAUUUAUGGUUGCCCUACCCAACUCAUCAUUUGCCUGCCCUGUUUUGUUUUUCCCCCAUGUGUGAUAUUUAUCAUGGUGUAUUGCUUUCUAACAAUGCAAUAAUAAAAAAAAUGGUUUCAUGCA